AUGUCAAAAAUGAGUUCAAAGGACAAAGACAAUAAAACGUUGCAUGAUAAACUGAAACAAUUCUUUCGCAUUAAUAAAGGAAAUUACAGGAACCGCGAAGACGUUACAUUGACUCAUGAUAUCGAGAGAGAUAUUAGUCCCGAUAGUCCUGUACAUCAUCGUACGAAAGCGAUUAAAGAGCUUUGUGAUGCAGUUCUUAAUCAACAGUGGGAAGAUAGAGCAGCGGAACGUUUAUGGAGUUUAGUUCAAGAUUUAUUAGGGAAAGAUGUCCCACGUGAACAUAGGCAUUUGACGUUAAAUUUUUUAAGAUGCCUCGUACAGGGACAAUAUUCGAAACUUUCGUCGUUGAUGCGUGUAAAAUUUUUUAUGGUGGUAAAGGAAUAUGAUGUACCAGAAGAUAUUGGUCCUAGGUUGGAAUUGUUACAAACAUUAACGGAACAUGGUAAAGAUAUUUUACAUUUGGAAGAACGAAUGGGUCCUUUUUUGCUUGAAUGGAUGCCUACAGUAACAGCAGGUGAUGGAAAAAGAGGAGCUGAAUUUUUGUCACUUCUAGUAAAUGUAAUCAAAUUUAACUCUGCUUAUAUUGACGAAGACAUUGUAUCUGGUUUGGUUCAGUAUAUUUCUCAUUUGUGUUACUAUAGUAAUAGUACCGAAGUUGUUUCUGGAUGCUUGGAAGCUCUUGAUGCAAUUAUGUGUUAUAGUAAUUUGCAAUCUGACUCAUUGCAAACAUUCGUCAUAGCUUUAUGUAGAAGUGUAAAUGUUGAGACUUAUUGUCAAACAAGUUGGAAGAUUAUGCGAAAUUUAUUAGGAACGCAUAUGGGUCAUUGUGCUUUGUAUACAAUGUGUCGGCUACUACAAGACGUAAAUUUUCAACGUGAUGUUCGUUUACUUCGGGGCGCAGUAUUUUAUGUAAACAUGGGUCUUUGGGGUACACAUAGAAUACCAAAGUUAGAAUGUACACCAGCGUCUGUUUUACCCUCAUUCUAUCAAGCAUUACAAUGCAAUCAUCCGAUUGUUAUGUAUGAGGUCACUCUAUCGAUACAAAGAUUGGUAAAUAAAUAUGGUAAUGAAUUGUGGGAUCCUACAUGGAGUAUUAUUCUUGAUAUUGUGGAAGAAGUGAUCGCUCACACUGAAACCAGUAAUCAGCCAGCGACCAAACAGGUUUCUACGAGUUUACAUGAAACAAUCACCAAUAUCGAAAAUUUGCUCGAUACAAACAAUUAUAAUGGCUGCAUUCAACGUUUCUAUGAUCUUGUCGAACGUUGUAGCGAUACUCGACCUGAGGGAUCCGUGUUAAAAUUAAUCGAAUACCGGACUUGUACGAUAAGCCCUACGUAUUAUCAAUGGCAGGCCAAGUUAGGAUCUUUGGUGGAACGUUACUACAAGAUUGAAACGCGUACGACCAUUAGAAUGAAAGUUCUCGAUGUAUUGAUAAACGUUAUUCAAGUUAACCGGUUCAGGUACGAAGACGAACUUAUCGAGCGAAUAGUUGUACCAUAUACUCAACACGUGGAUGUGGAUCCUGAUAUUACAAUACGCAACGCCACGGCAAACUUACUAGUGGACCUUUGCCUAGAAUGUGACACUAAACUUUGUUUGGAACUUUUAGACAUACUGGAGAAAAUAAUCAAUAAGCCUUUUACAUCGGAUACUCCAGUCUCUACGGAUGCUGACGUAAAGGAUGUAAAAACAGCAAUUGUUGGAAUUAUAAAGAUAUUUACCUCGAAAAUUUAUCGUUUGCCGUCAAGUCAUGCGAUUUGUGCUUACAAAAUUUUAGUGAAUCAUCUUGAACAACAUUACAAAGAUCCCUCUGUUUUCCAUGAUGUAUCAACGAUACGUUAUUUGAUCUUUGAGAGCUUCUUAAAAAUCAGAGCGAACUCUCUGUAUCAUCUUGGUAUAUUGGAUGUAUCGAAUGGUGUCGUAAUGCGAUUCAGUCCGUAUCUUGUUUUGGAACAUUCUACGACUGAACGUAUAAAUAAUGCAAGCGGAGGUAACAGCCCUCCACCGGCCAGCCCGGCACCGUUACAACAUUUAUCUUGUCACGUUACUCCUAUGUCUCUGACUCACGCGUGGAAAGCUGUAAUUUCAUGCAUCAAACAAGAAAAAGAUUGGAAAGUUUUACAUCUUAUAUUGAAGGAACUGCCUCAGGUAAUGCAGAAUAGAGCGCUCAUGUUAUCUCGUCAUAGUAACGACAUCGAUAUCUUUGCGGCAGCUUUAUGUUCUAUGGUGAGUGACAAGAGUCUGCGUUUACCCGAGUCGCUUUACAAUGUACCACCAAAGUUUACGCUCUCUGAAUUUCGGGUUUAUGUAUUUCCGGUACUAGCGUCUCUGUCGUCAUAUCAUGCACAUUUGGAACCUAAUUUGCAACAACGCUUAAUCAAAUGUCUAGAGGUUGGUCUAACGGCGAAGUGCGCGAGUCAAUGUGUAACUAGUCUUACAAUUUGCACAUUGGAAAUGCGCGAUGCGAUGAACAAACUUUUGACUGAAGUGCUUUUAAAUUUAUCAAAGAUCUCCGCAACUGUUUACAUUGCCAUACCUAUUUUAGAGUUUUUAUCAACUCUAACAAGACUCCCAAAAGUCUUCGCCAGCUUUAUCGGUGAUCAAUACAUGUCCGUAUUCGCAAUAUUAUUGCCAUACACGAAUCCUUUCAAAUAUAAUCAUUAUACAGUGUCUUUGGCACAUCAUGUAAUAGCGGUGUGGUUUCUAAAAUGUCGACUUUCGUUUCGAAGAGAUUUUGUUAAAUUUAUUAUCACAGGAUUGAAUACAAAUGUGAUAGUUCCUUUUGAAGAAGGACACCUUAUGAAAUCUGACUUUAGUGCCAUUAAUGAAGAUUCCUCAAAUAGGAAACGUAGCUCCAGCUUAACUGAACAAGGUAGUAGAGGACGAAGAGAAAGACCGAUAAUGUCCAAUCGAAUGAUAGGAGAAAGUAGAGCUUUAGAUUUAAAACCUCCUAUUGACGAAGCUUUAAUGAAAUUUCAUAUUGAGCUUACCGAAACUUGCAUUGACUUAAUGGCUCGUUAUACAUUUUCAAAUUUUUCUGCUCGACCUAAGAGAUUACCAGCUGCCGAUUUUCUCCUUAAAGAAGGCCAGUCGAUGACUUGGAUUCUUGGUAAUAGGCUUAUUACAGUAACGACAAGUGGUUGUAGUAACAAAGCUAUGCGUGGUGGACUUUGUGAUAAUUGUUGGAUAGCGUGUAAGCCUGGGUUUCUACUACUGGAUCAGACGAAAACUUCUCAAUCAAAUUUGCAACGUACUUCGAGUCUUGAGACGUCAAAAGAAGACAAGUUAUCGAGACAAUCCUCUGGUGGACAUGGAAGUUCAAACGCAAAUACUGCUGCAAACUCUCCUACGGAAGAAUCUAAAAAAUCCACGGAAGAUUCGGAUAACAUAAAGAAAGACUUUCUUACGGAGGUUACGAAAAUUGAUAAGGAUCAGGUUGAACAGUCCAAAUUAGGGCAGAUAUUGAAUAGCAACAAACAAGAUGGACAUGUACUUUGUGCUUGCUGGUGUCAAGGAUGGGCUGAGAUAUAUGUUCGUAGACCUACAGGCGAUAUGUCUUGGAUUAUGAGAAUUCAGAAUUCUACACAGUUUGAGACUCCUAUGGAUUUUCCCGUACAUGAUAUUAUGGCUCUGUAUAUGCCAAACCAAGAUGCAGUAGCGAAUAAGCAACAAGAAACUGCUACAGAAUUUUCCGGUGAUGAAACAGAGGAUGUACCAAAUAAAAUUAAUAAUCAGUCGUUGAUUGAGCAUAAUGUAAAAUCAACAAUGUCUUCUUCCACAUCAUCAGGUCCUAUCGCGAUACCUGGUUCACCAGUGCGACCUAGUCCAUCUCGGCAAAGUUCAAGAGAUAGUUUAGAAAGUUUGGAGGAAGGUGAAGAAGACACACGACGCUCCAGAAAUCCGGUCCGCCGAUCAAAUUCCAGUCCAGAAAUGAGCGCUAAUUGGAAAAACCCAUUUUUGAACAAAGAAAAGUUGAAUAUGCAGCAACAAGCCGAUAAGGAUCUUGCUUCUUCAGAUUUGGAAGUUAAGUUAGAUGCAGAACUGAAGAAACAUUCCAAGAAUAUUUAUACGAAAGAUAUGAGAGUCAGCUGCGAAGCUAUACCGGAAGAAAUAUUUGGCAUGGGAACAACUCCACCUUCCUCGGAGAAUAUUGGAGAUCAUCCGACUGCGCUACGUUCACAACGUUCCUAUCCAGGGGCAACGCAAAUAUCUCAGACUCUUUCGUCGACUACCAGCAGUACUGUACCACCAUCUCCUACAACUGUACAGGCGCCGGAAAGUUAUUUAGGAAUACAAACGCGCUCCACGCAAGUACAGUCGUCUGGUAUAAUAAAAGCACCGCAAUCACCUACUCAAAUUUAUUCUCGGUUAUCUAAUCUCGAUUAUAACCAGAAGCAGGUACCACUGACUGUUGAGAGUAAACCACCUAUUGGACGAAGUCAUUUUUCAGAUAAGAAAGAUGAGAGGCCCGAUCCGUCGACAUUGCCUCCUUUACCGAUAUCUUUUCGCGAUAGGGGCCAUACGAUAUCGGUUAUGAGUCCAGUGAAAAAAUCACGAGGAGAAUGGGAUAAUAUGCGACGAGGCAAUUCUCCUCGAGUGAAAGAUCCUCCGCGCACAGGCAUUAAUCCAAGUUUUGUAUUUCUCCAACUUUAUCAUGCAGCGCAUUUUGGCAUUACCACGGAGAAACCUUUACUGGUUCCGCAAACAACAGCCAUACAACGUGUAGUGACAAAUCUAGAUAGGAUUCAACCAUAUGAGACUCACAAAAUUGGAGUACUCUAUGUUGGGCCUGGACAAGCAUCGAAUGAAACUGAAAUUUUGGCGAACCAGCAUGGUUCUCUUCGUUACACUGAGUUUUUGAAACGUUUAGGCACGUUAGUCCGACUGAAGGAUGUCGAUGAGAAUGUAUUUUUAGGUGGAUUAGAUCGUAAUGGUGAGAAUGGAGAUUUCGCAUAUAUUUGGCAAGAUGAUGUUACACAGGUAGCUUUCCACGUCGCAACAUUAAUGCCAACAAAAGUGAGCGAUCCAAAAUGUACAUCUAAGAAAACACAUAUUGGUAAUAAUUAUGUAACGCUUGUGUACAAUGAAUCAGAUGAACCGUAUAAUAUACAGACAGUUAAGGGUCAAUUUAAUUACGCUUGUGUUGUAAUACAACCUUUAGAUCAUGGUACUAAUCAACUUACUGUACAAGCCCGAGAAGAAUUAGCCGAGCAUAUUGGUCAUAGCGAGCCUAAGAUAAUUUCGGAUCAGAAUUUGGCCAUACUGUCACGGCAACUUGCUCUACAUGCUAAUCUUGCCUCGAUGGUUUGUUCGUCUUUGAAGCAAAAUAGUCACAAUCCCUAUGCGUCUAAUUGGUUGGAACGUUUGCGACAUAUUAAACGACUAAGGAACAGAGUGUUGAAAGAAACUGUUAAUAACAAUCCAGAUACUACCACGGACGAACUAUCACCAAGAGCUAAUAAACGGGUUUACAUGGACGACUUUACAGAAUAUACAACAUAAUUUUGUCAUGUACAGGAUGAGAGAGAGAGAGAGAUAACUGUACGACGUAAAUGAUGGAUGAAAAUUAUUGAAUUAGAUAUUGAAACAUUCAAUACAUAUAAAAGUAUAGGGUUUAAAGUAGACCUAGGAUUGAAAUAAACCUAUACAGUUUAAGCUCUAUUUAGUAAGCAUAAAAAUAAAAAGAAAAAAAGAUAUUGUAUACAUCCUUGCAAUGUAUCCCAAAAAGAUUUAUAAAUCCUCUUCAACA